CGACGACAACUUCUACAACUACAUCAUCAACAACUACCACCACGACCACCACACCAGACACUACGUCAACAACGAGCAGUACAACAACGUCGGCAACUUCUACGACUCCAUCCACAACUACAUCAACUACUACGGCAGCUACCACGAUGAACACACCUAACACUACGCCAACAACAACCAGUUCAACAACCUCGACAACGUCGACAACCCUUACCACUUCCGAGCCUCUCACUACAACACCUGCAGUUGGUCCAUUGACCAAACCAGAUUCCACAGUCUGCCUCGACAACCCUUUGGACAUUGCUUUCAUCGUAGACGCCUCUAGCAGUGUUGGAAAUGAUCACUUCCGCCUCGUUGUCGACUAUAUCAAAUCUGUCCUCUCCACCACCGACAUUGACGGCGGGAAGGUCCGCGCAGCCGUCCUCACCUACAGCACUGACACCACUGUCCACAUCAACCUGAACGACUUCAAAACAAAGAAGGAGAUAUACGGUGCCCUUGACGGUAUCCCCUAUGUUCCAGGGUGGACGAACGCAGCUGAGGCGUUCCAAACACUCAGAACCAAGGUGCUCACGGCCAGGACCGGCGACCGGGACAACGUGAAGAAUGUUGCUUUGCUGAUCACUGAUGGGAGGUCCAACAUCAACAAGGACAGAGUUGUCCUGGAAGCUAAUGAAGUGAAGAAGGCAGGGACGCAUGUCCUUGCCGUUGGCGUUGGUCUGGCCUCGCUGGAGGAAGUGGACAAUGUCGUAACAUCACCGGCCAAUGAGAACCGAUUUACUGUAGCAAGUUACGAAGACUUAAGGGGAUUAGGAGAAGUUUUGUUUCCUUUUCUGUGUCAGGAUCGACGCGUGACAGGAAAUUGGGGAGAUGGUGCAACUGGCGUCCCAGGAAGCCGAGGCACAACACCAGAAGCUCCGAAAUCAUCUGGAUCUACAACACAAGAAAUGUCCACCACAGGCGGUACUCAGGGUGGGCGAUACAGCGGUACAACAGAUCAAAACAUGACCUUGUCUACGACAAUUCCAUUGGUGGUGAACACACGUCAGUUGCAGUGCCACGCCUGGUGCCAAGACAAUCAAGAAGAAACGCCGGCUGUGAAUAUUAGCGAUUUGGUACGGGAGCUCACCUUGCCUAAAGCGAUGUUGUCAAAACAACAGAGAGCCAAGGGGAGUGCGUUUGACGACAGCCCAGUCGCGAAAUCCGUUGGGACAAUUGUUUUUCUGUUGUGUUCAACUCCUUUCUUUAUCUUUGUUGGGUGGGAUAUACUGGAUUUGGCGCGCUAUCUAUCCAGUACUAGAAAAGAGUUUCUUUCCGAUGCUUAGAUAAAUAAUUUAGCUGAAACAUCACAUCAAUAUGUGCGAUAUGGAUACUUGGUAGUCAAGACAAUGUCAAGAUUCGUUGUUUGAAUUUUUUCGAUUUCAUUUUCACCUCGAAAUGGAUCCUUUUCUUGUCCGCGCCAUAUCGUACGUCUCAAUAAAUCCGUAAAAAAUAUUCCGGUUAAAUAAGUAACUGAUAUUGUCAGAUAACGCCCGCAGAGAUGUGGUUGUAAAUGUAAUAAAAGACCAUUGCUUCAGAAGGUAAUAAUAAUCAAAUAUAUUUAAUACUAAAUAUAGUACCAAAUUGUAAACUGAAAAAUGAAAGUAUACACUUGUAAAUUUAAAUACAAACGUUAUCAAACUGUUACAAGACUGGAAACUGUUGUCGAAUUGCUGCGAACUCAGAUUCAAAUAUGCUGGUAGCCAUUUUAAUAAAUGACGAAAAAUAAUUUCUAAAUCGGUGAAGGGACAUGCUCAAACUAAUAAGAGAACUAAAUACUAUUCCCAUAUUAGAAAUACAGGGGCCCGUUUCACAAAGCUAUCGUAGCGCUACGACUGUCGUACCUCCUAUACUGUAACAUAGACUUACGACAGUCGUAGCGCUACGAUAGCUUCGCGAAACGGGGCCCAGAAUAUUUUAUAUGAAGCGUUUUUCCCGACACUAAUAAUGACGUGAGGUGAGGUGAAAUUGGGUUUAACGUCGUGCUUGAGAAUAUUUCCCUCAUAUGACGACGUGCAUGCG